AUGGAAACUGCUCAAAACCGCACUUCAAUUCCAGACGAGGCUCCUCAGCGAGCUCGCGCUCGAGCUACCUACGCCUCAUUCGGAAACGACGGCACCACGGCGACUGCAGAUGCUCAUGGUCAUCUACUGCAAAUAACGCGCUAUUUUGGAAAUAAGCCGUCUGGGUUUUUUUGUGCUGACCUUCCAUCCGCACCUGAGCCAUAUUACGUGGAAUCUCGCAUGGAUUAUCUGCAAAACUCUUGUCAAGAUGCUUCUAGAGGGAUGCGCCUUCUUUUCGAUGGUGAAGAUGGUAAGGAGUGGAGAGCACAAACAAACAUCGACGCUUUGCCAAAAAUGAGCUUUUUACAAGAUCGCUGGCCGUCUUUCAUCACAGAGACUCCAGCAUUUCACCUGGACAUUCAGUAUUCCAUUUCUCAAAGUGCUGUGUACCAACAAUAUACAUUCAAAUUGAAAGAGGGGCAGUUGGUUCUUCCGAAAAUCCCGAAGCUGGCAAUCGAUUCCAACUUACUCCUUCGGAAUCUAAAUUUUAAUGAACAUGACAAAGAGAAUGGGCGUGAGGGAUAUGAUGAGCACUAUAGGCGCUAUAUCUUAAACGAUGGCUACGCAAUAGGUACAGUGCAUGAGGUCGGCCAGGAAACAAAUGAUAUAUAUGCUGUUGGUUUGUUUACAUCAGUAUGUAUCAACGGACAACUUCAAACAUUUAAAGCUGUUGCGCGUCCUGAGCAUUACAGAGAUCUCGAUGGUCCGAAGACCCCGAAAUACUUCGAAGAUUUGCAAAUUGCUGAAGAUGACGCCUAUUACGAAAUAACUCCAGAUCAACAGACAGCAGAUGACUUUUCGGAACUCAAAACUUUGAGAGUGACUGUAGCCUAUAAACUGGCUCCGGCCGCGCUGGCGGACAUGGGCCCUGUAUUCAUCCCCGAAAGCUUUCUGGAAGCAGAACAGAUUAUUGAAAGUCCAUUCGAAACAAUAUCAUUUUCUGAGAAAGAACAUCUCAAUUUUAUACUGAGGCGAAAUUUAGAGCAUAUCUUAUCUGUUUGCAGCAUUCCAACAAACGAAGUCUUGGAAAAACAUGUUCUCCCGGCUGGCAGCAAUUCAGCGUCAAAUCCAGCAAUUGUGUUUACAUGUGGAGAUGUUUCCGGUCAUCGUAUUGCAGCCACAGCAAGCUUCUACGCUUUUGAAUUCUUAUUGAAUGCUCUAAGAUAUCUUCAGGAAAACGUUCUAACGUGUUCAUGUCUUGCCGGAAGCAGUUCAUGCGAAGAUUAUGCUUGCCUGUUGAGCAGAAGAAUCCGACUCACUUGUCAAGGACAUUUGACAUGGAUUUCCUAUGUUCAUACAAAGACAAACACAGGCUUGCUCACUACUGGCUACUGGGCUAGUGGUGAAGCGAUGUCUGGAUGGGAAAACAGCUCCGAAAUGCCUCUCACUACCACACUGUUUAACUUCAUCAAAGCUGCCGGCUUUUGCCAGGUUAGUGCGAAUGAACAGAUACAAACAGAUGUUGCUAUAAAUUUUCAAGAAAUGUUCUCUUGUUUGAUUAAACAGCUCCAUCAGAAAGAUAAAAGUGGCGAGUACAUUUUUCCCCGAGACAAUGAAAACAGACCAUAUACAUACUUUACCAGCGAUCAUGCCCUCAUUUGGUGGGCCAUCAGAUCAGCAGAAGAAAUUGGACUCGGGUCGAGAUGUUUUGUUCCUCCGGACAUGGAACGAGGGCAGCAGGGAAUGAACUAUUCCUCUACCCAGAUUCAAAAAAGCAUGAUCACCAAGCUAGCGACUGAGAAUCAAUAUGCAAAAAAAAUUAUGCUUGCUACUUCUCGGAGUUUCUCUGAGAAUAAAUUUCUCCUAGGGUCCGACGACACUAUUCUCUUCCACACUAUGAAUGUUGGUAUAUUCGAUCGAACGAAUAAUAUUGAAGACGAGCCAGAUAUAUGGCGAAACAAAAUCGAUGCGUGGAAUAAUUUAAUCGACUACCAAGGGCAGCGUGAAGAUCAUACUGCUUGGAUCAAUCCACUCCAAAUUGCUUUCUAUUCCAUCAUGUCAGCAAACAACAAAUGUAUGGAUUCGCGGCCAGCAGAAGAGAUAUAUAGCCUUGCUAGAUCGAUACUAUUUUCCAGCUCCUCGCCAAACGGACUCUUACCAGGACAAUUAGAUGAAAAUCAAGAGCCUACCCUUUUCGACAACGCAUCUACACGUGAUUCGUAUUGGCAUGCUACCUUCGAGGUUCCUUAUAUUUUGUGGAACUAUCAGAUACGACAAUCCGUGCAGCAACAGGUCUCGAUUUCAAGGUUAUCUGAGAUUUCUCAGACAAUAGAGAAAAUUAAUCAGCAAAUGAACAAAAUGAACUCCAGUCUAGAAAUGUCAACUUCCAAGGGAAACGUGAAUGAGAUACCAGACCGAUGGCUUUAUGACGAACCACGCUUUUUUAACUUUGACCAAGACCUAUCUGACAAGAAUAUUAAGCAAUUUUGCGAAGAGCAUCAGCAUAUACUUUGCGGCACGGUAAUAGACGAAGCAAUUUCGAAGGUGUUGGGGCAUAAAUCCUUCAAAGCCGAUAUCAACCAAGACAAUACCAACGAAAACAAUGCCAACGGAGGUGGUACCGGCGGAGAUAAUAAAAACAAGGACGACACCAACCAAAAAGAUAUUAAAAAAAAAGAAAUCAACAAAGACAACAGCGAUAACGACAUUAUAAACGGAUAUAUCAUUGAUAUUCCGAAAAAGGAGGGCUUAUAUAUGAAAGUCAAUACAUCGGAGCCGCGCAGUGUUACCAACAGCAAUGGAAUCAAGCAGUACAUUAACCAAAGACGAACUCCUGCUUCGGCAAAGAAACGUUUUUUGCGUUUUCAUCCCAUAAGCCAGGAUGAUGCACUGUUAUGCUAUCUCGCGUCCUCAGAGAAGGACGCUAUUUCUCUGUUUUUUGAUCGACACGCAUCCUAUGAUCGACAUUUCUCUGAGGACACCAUAUUAGUACUCAACAAGUGGGUAACUGAAUUGCAUCUUCCAUUCUAUCAGAUCACCAGACAGGAGCCAUCAUCCGGUAUAUACCAAACAAUAGCUAAGGUGGUAAGCAUUCCCUUUCUGCGACGUAUGAGGAAGGACAAAGGCGCAAUGUGGAUCAACCGGGCCACGAUGGGCUUUAGGUUUGACGGAGAUAUAUUGGAUCGCUACUGGACAUGUCAUUUCAUUGAAUAUAACCCUCAAAAGCUGGUCGAAUCGAAGAACCACGAAGAUGACAAGUUACCUAAUCUGCACAGCAAAAUGACCAAACGAGUUGUUGGCGCUUUAAAGGACAAUGCAUGGAGACAGCGAAGGAUAUUAGAACUCGUUUUAUUUGACCUGAUCCUAGAAGAGAUGUUGAGGAGUACAAGAGAGAUUCUUAAAGAGGCUCAGCGAUGCAUCGAAAGAAGCUUCAGGCCCGAAAGUGUUGACAGUCUCGAUCGCCAGGUCUCGAACUCUAUAUUUCUGGAUCCUCUUACCAUGAUUGACAAAGUCGAUAAUGACAACUUCCUUUCAACAAAUACGUUAUGGAAUGAGCUUGAGCCUAUCUUUCAACUGGUCAGGGAUGCACUCAAUGAGAAUUUGGCAACAAUCAGGCUUUGGAUGGAACGCGAAAACGAGCACAGACGGGAUGAGUUGCAGUGGACUUUGAAUGAUGAACGCGAUUACCGAGGCGCUAUAUCUACGUUGCAGGUCUUGAAUAGACAUAAGAUUGAUAGGCUUGAGCGAUAUAGUGCCAAUAUUGCAUCUUUCAACGCCUCAUUUGCAAGAAAAUUGGAAGCCAUGCGCAAUGACCUCGAUCAACGUGGCGCUAAUGACAUUCGACUAUUCACCUAUGUGACGGUCGUCUUUUUGCCAGUUGGCUUUGCCACCAGCGUCUUUAGUAUGAGUGGAGCGCCCUCAGGGAAUACAUUGCAUCAAAUGAUAGUCACCGCCAUAAUCGCCUUGCUCGUUACUUUUGUCGCAUUGGUUAAUGCUCGCAUACUAGACAGAGUUUUAGGACCUGUCUUUCGUUUAGGCCGACGCGCGACCGAAAGCAUAGUCAACCCGCUCAUAAGUCCAAUGUACGAAAUUGUCGUUCAGCCAAUCAGCAGGGCAGUCUAUGCUUUUCUAUGGAAAGUGGCUUAUUACAUCGCAUUUCAUUGCUACUAUCAGUUUUAUAUACGGCGCUUUUCGCCCAACUAUCCAAAAACGCGUACUCGAGAUACAGACGCGGAGGAUAAAGAGAUGAACUUCAAAAGGAUGCGUGAAUUGGGUCCUGUACAAACAGCACGGGAAGAAUAUAUGAAUAUCCAAAAGCAGAGAGAAGAGCUGAAACAAGAGAAGAAGAACAUAGAGCAGCAGGUUAGAAAAGAAAAGGAAGAACAAUAUGAGAAAGAGGAGGAACAGAAGUUUAGGGACAGUGAGCAAGCAAAACUUAACGAGGAGGUCCGUGACGAAGUUACUGAAACUUUGAAAAUAGAAUUGGACGCCGCGGUUAAAACAAGGGUUGAAACGUAUGAGAAAGAUAUGAGUAAUAUAAAUGCGGAAGAGAGAGAAAUAUUAGAGAACCUGUAUCGACAAUGGCUUGAGCCAUCUAUGAAAGAAAGGCUUAUAAAUGAGGCCAAAGACAGAAUUCGGAGGAGGGCAAAACUUGAGAUUAAAAACAGAGUGAAUGGUAGAAUUGAAAAGGAAGUCGAGGAACGGUUUGAAAAGAAAAGGAAAGACGAAGAAGGAAAAAGGAAAAGCGAAAAAGAAAAAAAGAAAAACGAAAAGGAGGAAAGAAAAACGCGGAUUGGGAGCGUUAAAAAAGCACGAAGUGGUAUCGUUCGUCGUAUGAUUGGAAAGAGAAAUCAGAAUACUCAGGGUGGAUUAGCUGGCGAAGAGGUUGAAGAUCAGGUUUAA